GGUGUAUCCGAAUAUCAUCCCAGGAUUGUGAGGGACCGCUGGCCAGAAGGAAGACCAACAUCGCCAUUCUCGCAAUCCCGAUAACGGCUCAGAAAUAGGACGACAAAGCAAGUCGGCAGCUUGACAGAGAUGGGUUCUGUACGGUCCCGACGCGCACUCAGAUUAGGUGUUGACGUGGGAGGAACCAACACUGAUGCGGUGUUACUUGACUUGGACGCGGCCGACCAGCCUCACCGCGGCGUUUUGGCGUCCCACAAGACGCCGACAACCAGUCCAAAUGUGACAGAUGGGAUCGAAGUAGCCGUCAGAAAUGUCCUGGAACAAGCUGGAGACUGUGUCUCGGAUAUCGCAUGUCUCAUUAUCGGCACGACACACUUUUUGAAUGCUGUAAUAGAACGCGACACGCGUCGACUGUCCAAGGUUGCCGUCAUUAGACUGUCGAAGAGUUAUACAAAGGAUAUUCCACCCUUUUCCGACUUUCCGCCCGCCCUAGCAACCCUCCUCCAUGGAUAUCACGGCUUUGUUGACGGUGGUCUCCACAUUGAUGGCGCACAGGAAUCGCCAAUUCGAGAAGACCAAGUGCUGAGGGAGUGUGAAGUCAUUGAGCAGAAAGGAAUCAAAGCCGUGGUCAUCUCCGGCAUCUUCUCCCCUAUUGACCAGCAUUUCCAUCAGGAGGAGCAAGUCCGAAGGAUAAUGCAGAAGCGUCUGCCUGACGUGGAUAUUGUUUGCUCGUCAGAGGUCUCGAACAUCGGUCUUCUGGAACGGGAGAAUGCUUCGAUAUUGAACGCAUCGAUACUGAAGUUUGCUCGACGCACCAUUCGAGGCUUUCGUGCCGCCAUGAAGCGGCUUGGACUGGAUUGCACUCUGUUCAUAUCUCAAAACGACGGCACCGUGAUAGACUCGGCCUCUGCUGCCAAGUUGCCUAUCAAGACGUUCUCUUCGGGUCCUACGAACUCGAUGAGAGGCGCUGCAUAUCUUGGCCUCGGACAAGGAGGUUCGCAAGGCGAGGAGCGGACGUCAACCAUUGUCAUCGACGUAGGUGGCACCACAACAGACUGUGGUGUUCUGCUGCCCUCAGGCUUUCCUCGAGCAGCAUCUGCCUACGUCAGUGUGGCAGGAGUGACCAUGAAUUUCCCCAUGCCUCACCUGGAAUCGAUUGGACUUGGUGGAGGAUCCAUCGUACGACAACGUGACAACGAUGUCUCCAUUGGUCCGGACUCCGUGGGAUAUCAACUGACUUCGAGAUCGAAGGUUUUUGGAGGGGACACUUUGACGACAACUGAUGUCGCUGUUGCGGGAGGUCUGGAUAUCGGUGAUUCGAGCCUAGUAAGCGAUGUCACUCCCGAAAUGAUCCAACGAGUCCGUGCAAGGACAAAGAAGAUGCUUGAGCGCGUCAUCGACCAACUCAAGCUGACGCCGGCACCGUUGCCGGUCAUCCUGGUUGGUGGAGGCUCAAUCGUCUGUCCGCUAGAGCUUGAGGGCGUCUCCAAGGUAGUGGUGCCCAGCUAUCAUUCAGUAGCAAAUGCUGUUGGGGCUGCGAUUGCGAGAGUCUGUGGGUCUGUGGAUGCGAUCUACAAUAUUGCAGACGUGCCACUAUCGGAAGCUCUGGAGGACGCAAAAGCUCAGGCUGUCUCUAAUGCAGUCAAAUGCGGAGCUAACCCAAUCACAGUGUCUAUUGUCGAGAUCGACACUCUGCCGAUACCAUAUGUCUCUGGACAAAUCCGGGUUGUUGUCAAGGCAGUAGGAGAUUUGUCUCUGGAUUAUGUUUCUGAUAGCAAGAACAUGGAGUCGGAAAGUGACGCAGACGACAUGCUCACAGAUCAUAUGACGGAUCUGGCGGUAUCAUCCAAAGAGGAACGCUCUAGUAGCAAGUUCGAUUUUGACGCAUAUCGGCCCUUGGUGAAACGAAAUCUCGACACUGGAGUCCAUGAGUGGAUUGUGUCAGAGACCGACAUUGAAUGGUUAAGCGUGGGAUGCUACAUCCUCGGAUGUGCUGGCGGUGGAUCACCGAAAGCUGAAUUCCUCAAGCUUCGAGAUCAAAUUCGGGCUGGUUGCAUUGUUCGAAUUAUCGAUAGCUCUUCGCUACACGAGGACGCUCUGAUAUACUGGGGAGGCAUGAUGGGCUCACCGGCGGUGUCCAUCGAGCGGCUUAACUCUUCGGAGUGUAUAACUGCUGUGAAGGACCUCAUGGAGUACAUGGGACACGAGUCGUUCGACGCAGUCAUGGGUCUAGAGAUUGGUGGUGCCAAUGGACUUGAGCCAUUGCUUAUCGGCUCUUCUCAUGCUUUCGACAGACCGGUCAUUGAUGCCGACUGGAUGGGCCGAGCAUACCCGACUUACUGGCAGACAACGUUAGCCGUUCACGAGUCUGGACAGCUAACCCCUUGCGCAAUUGCUUCCGGAGAUGGCAAGACAAUCAUAAUGACAAAGUCGCCCGAUGAUGAAAUCGUCGAUCGUGCUCUGCGAGCUUCUUGCUCGGAAAUGGGCUCGAAAGUCGGCAUGGCGGCCCGACCGACAACGACAGAUCGUGUGAGGAAUUUUGGUGUCAUCAACACCCUGUCGCUGGCCUGGAGAAUCGGCAGGACCGUGGCUCGUGCCCAACAGGAAAGUACCAUCCAUACGGUUGCGGAACAAAUCAUCGACGAAGUAGGUGGCCCCACCACUGCGAAGAUACUCUUCCGAGGCAAAAUCACCGCCGUCGAACGGAGAAUCUUCAAGGGCCACUCUUAUGGAGAGGUCACCAUCGCCCAGGCGCAAGAUGACGAAGAAGAGCAGCGUCACGAGAGUGCGGCGAUGGCAGAAGGUGGUGUUGUCAAGAUCCCAUUCAAAAACGAGAACAUUUAUGCGAAACAUGUCGCUGAAGACGGUACCGAGACGUAUCUCGCUACAGUUCCGGACCUCAUUUCAGUCAUCGACGCGCGAUCUGGAUGUGCUCUCGGAGUGCCUGAGUUCCGGUACGGUCUGAUGGUGACAGUACUUGGGAUAACUUGCUCCCCACGAUGGUCAUCGACGAAAAAAGGGCUAGAGUACGGCGGUCCGGAAGCUUUCGGGUACGAUAUUGAGUACAAGCCUCUAGGGGAGUUCAUCGAGCCCAAGAGCGUUGUGCUAGAGUACGCGGACACGGCUGCAUAGUGCAGGGCAUCUGAGGGUUCGACCGGAUUUUGAAUGAGGACGUCUCAGCCGCAGUGGCACAUGCGGAGAAGAGGAGGAGGCUCUCGCCAUGCCCUGAUCUAGCUUCGGCAUGCUAGAGAUUCAUCCAAAGCAAGGUGAUAACGUGAGGGUGUACAUGCCAUUAUGUUACUAUCUACCUUGGAGUGACGGAGUGGCCAGGCAGACGGUGGCAGACGUGGCACGUGACCCGAGCAUGUUGCCAAGCUGCCAAGCCUCUUAGGGCACCCAGCUAGUCAAGAUAGGCAGGUGCAGCGACGGGCCUAAAAC